CCGGAUCUGUCGGUCCUGAAGUUGAUCGAGGAGUCGGAACUAAAGAGAGGACCGGAAAUUGGAUCCGGAGCGUUCGGGACUGUCUACAAAGGAAUUUGGUCGCCUGUCGGCAAGCGUAUCAAAGUGGCCGUGGCUAUCAAGGUCCUGAACGAAGGUUCAUCCACCAGUCUACAGAACGAACUUCUGGACGAAGCUCGAGUCAUGUCGUCAGUGACGCACCCGUGUUGCAUAAAAAUUCUGGCCGUCUGCAUGGCGCGGACGAUGAUGCUGAUCACCCCUCUCGUCAACAAUGGAUCCCUCCUCGAAUAUAUCAGAAAAAACAAAGCCGAUAGUUCAACUCUUUUGAAAUGGGCCACCCAAAUAGCCAGGGGCAUGAACUAUCUGGAGCAGAAAGGAAUCGUACACAGAGAUUUGGCUGCCAGGAAUAUACUGGUGCACAACAAAUCGCAAGUGAAGAUAACUGAUUUUGGACUGGCCAAGUUGCUGAACUGCGAGGAGUAUUAUCUGGCCACUGGCGGAAAAAUGCCGAUAAAAUGGAUAGCUCUUGAAUCCAUCGAACACCGCGUUUUCACUCACAAAAGUGACGUGUGGAGUUAUGGUGUCACAUUGUGGGAAUUAUUUACAAGUGGUGAUCGUCCAUACGACAACAUCAAAGCCAUCGAUAUGGCCCAGUACCUGGAGAAUGGGAACAGGUUGUCCCAGCCACCUAUCUGCACUAUUGAUGUUUACAUGCUUAUGGUGAAAUGUUGGUUGGUGCACGCAGAGAGUAGGCCAUCGUUUGCGGAGUUGGAAACGGAAUUUAGCAUCAUGUCAAGAGAUCCAGGGAGGUACUUAGUGAUUGAGGUUAGAAAAAAUUAA